AUGUUGGUUGAAAUCAACAAUUCCGUCAUUCCCCAGCAACAACAGUCGGUGCUCGGAGAAGAUCGACUUGAAGAUCUUCUAAGUGAGAAGUUGAUGGAGGGAUUCGAAUUGGACGAAACUCCAUGUCCUCAUUGUUCCACUCCUUUGGUCAAAAUGAACAGAAACCCUUACGGGUUUGACAUCAAGCACCUGAAGGCGCCAGUUUUGAUUCCAAACCGAAAUCCAGAAAAGCCUUUCGAACCAAUGGACGAUGUCCCUGUUUGUGUCUCCUGCAAUGCUCAUGUCGUCACCAACGAGCAUGAAGUAAACAUUCUGACAACAGGAAGACCCAACGCAGAACAGCGAGACCCUUCUCCCAAGAGCACGGAUGCACCAGUUAUUGAUCUUACUGCAGUUCUAAGUGGCGACGAAGCGGACAUGACUCAGCUUCCAUACAGUGUUCGCCGCGAUGAUGAUCCUGAACGAAAUAUCAACAGAAACAUCCGUAACUCGAGCACUCCAACUGUUGGGUCGUAUGAUGAAGGCCGUGUUCGUGAGCUCAAUCUCCUCGAAAAGCUCGAACGCAAGCGCAACGAGCAGGAGCGGUACGAACAGCGAAUGGCUAAGAAUCCCAUUCAAGUUGAGACGCUGCCAGAAGAUUUUCCUGAAAUGAUCGAAGAAGUUGAAGGAAGAGACGAUGUUGAACAGUCUGUUCGCUCCCAUACCCCAUCAGUUCGCGAUAUGAUGUUCAAGCGUGAACAACAACAGCAAUUGGAGGAAGAAUACCGGGCUACUUUGCGAAAGCGCCGAGAAGAAGAAACGAUCUUGAUGGAAGAGACAAAGCGUAUCAUCGCUAUAGAAGAGGAAUACACUGUUGGCUCAGUUCGCACCACCGAUGUCAUGCAACGAGAUUUGUUGAUGGAUCAGCACAGAAACCGCCUGACUGCAAAGGCUCAACUUGACGAAGAUGUCUUGAAGCUGGAGCAGAUGCGCCUUGUUGAGGAGAUGGAAUAUCGCCGUAUGACUGAAGAAAGACGCGCCGAGGAUGAAGCAGAUAUGAUCACACAUCUCGAAGAGGAAGCGGCGGCUAAGAAAAAAGCAGCCGAGGAGGCACAGGAACGUGCCAAGCAAGCACUUGAUGAGGUUAAGAAAACACGCAAGGACCUGAUUGCUCAGACAAUUGCAAUUGCUGAAGCAGAAGUGGUCGCUGAAGCUGAAGAGUGCCUCAAGCGAGAGAUUGAGGAAUACAAGGAACCAACUCUCCUCCCCACUGCUUCCGAUGUUGAAGCUGAACACUGGGAAACUCUUCGAUUUGAAGGUCGUACUGUCAUGACUAGACGUGUCAUGGCUGGUUGGACUAUCCUGGCCGAGUUCUGCCGUGGAACGGAAUGCGAAAACUGUCCUCUUAUCGUGAAGCAUGGCAAGAAAGAGUGCUGCGUCUGCGGAGGAUGUGGAGAUGGAACUGAUGCAGCAUAUGCUCGUGGAUCAAGCAUGGAUUCUCAAGAGGAAGAGGCUGGCCCCGAGCACUUCAUUCUGCAGAGACAAGUUGCCACUCCGUCUUAUGUAUCCUCAGCCCAAUCUGUUGCUUCGAACCCGGUUUUCAUGCAAAGCAUGCGGACGGAUUUUGAGGCUCGGAGACAAGCAGUCAGUGAAGAGAUGAACAAGAAGAUGACGGAGGGUUGGACUAUUUUGGAUAGCUCUUGCCCAGCAUGUGUGAUGCCGCUCAUGACCGAUGAAAAGGGGUUGCAAGAUGUUUGCGUAUUCUGUGACAUGCAUGGGGUCCCAAUGAAUGAAAGAAAUGCUUCGUGCCUUUCGUCCCAGCCUAUCUUCAUGCCACCAGUUCAAUCAAUCACUACACCGACAUCCCGAUACACAGCAGACCCUCCAGCUAAUGUACCGAGUUAUGAUGAAAGCGAAGCCGAGAUGACAAUCUCGAUUCCGAAGAAUUUCGAUUUCAACGACCAAUCCGCUAUCAUCAAUCUCAUCAACCAAGCGACUAGAAAAAACCAAAGAGUUUGUUCCGAUCCAAUGCCAGGGAAGCAAAGCCAUGUUUCAAAUGAUGAGAUUAUUGAUUUAUCCUCAUACCCAUCUCUCGAUGAACAAGAUGAAAGAUCUGAUAUGAUCGCAAUGAUGUAUAUGGAAAGUUCGUAUGGAGCUAAAUACCAAUCAGGGAAGGGCCCAAUCGAUAUGGACGAACUUAUUGACUCGGUCGAAAUCUACGUAAAAACAAAUUUCGGACCAGCUCUUGAAGAUAUGACGCCAGACAUUGCCCGCGCUGUCUGGAAGAAGAUUCGCAGUUUGCCAGCCUCACACGUUGCCGAGGCCUAUACAAUUAGAACCCCCCGAUCUGAAGGUCCACCCAAACCAGAGUCCAGACCGGGAACUCCACGAAGGUCUCGUCCAAACACACCAAAAGACGGGGACGUCUUUGACUUCAACGAACCAGCUGAUGACUUUUCGAUUAGUGAUAAGUCCACAAAGAAGCUUGAAGAGAUCCUGAGUAAGAUUGAACACUGCAAGGAGGCACUUCGUGACGAAGCUAUCAGUGUUGAGGAGCAAAUGGAAGCUGCAAACUUGAUUGAGCACUUGUCUAAGGCCGCCCUUGCAGUCCAGGGAUUUGAAGCUGAUGAUGAUGAUGCUUGA